AUGUUAUAGAAUGAUUGUUUAGAAAAUGAAGAUCCAUAGAAGGAAGAAAAAGAACAAUGUAUGAUUUGCAGAAAUAUGAUUUUGAAAGCUGAAUUAAAAUAACAUUAAAUGAACUGCAUGAAUACUUUGUCCUUAACUGAUUAGGAAUUCUUGGAUGAAUAAUUAGCUCAAUUAAUUAGAGAUUAGAAUUUUUUGUCUACUAUCUUUACAACUAAAAAACCCAACGAUAGCCAAAACGAAGCUCAAAUUGACCCUACUCAAUAAUAAAAAAUAAUAGGAGUGGAGAUAGAAUAAAAAUAAGCAUAAAAUCAGAAAUAAAAUGACAACAUAAUAUAAAAUGUUUUGGAAUCCAAUAAAAUAUCUGAAAAACAAUUUAAUCGAUAAAAGAAUGCUGAUUAAAAUGAAUAAUUUUCAUAGAACAUCCAUUUAGAUGAUAUUUUGAUGAUAUAAUCAUAAUAGUAAUAAAAAGAAUAAUAAUUAAAAUAAUAGUAGUAAUAAUAGUAAUAAAAAUAAUAGUAGUAAUAAUAAUAGUAAUAACACUAGUAAUGUUAAUAGUAAUAAUAGUAGUAAUAAUAAUAGUAAUAAUAAUUGUAAUAAUAAAAAUAAUAGUAAUAAUAAUAAUAGUAGUAAUAAUUUUAAUAAUAAAAAUAAUAGUAAUAAUACUAAUAAUAAUCAUAAUAAUAAUAGUAGUAAUAAUAAUAGUAAUAAUACUAAUAAUAGUAGUAAUAAUAAAAGUAAUAAUACUAGUAAUAAUAAUAGUAAUAAUAGUAAUAAUAAUAUUAAUAAUAGUAAUAAUAAUAGUAGUAAUAUUAGUUGCAGUAAUAAUAAUAAUAAUAAUAAUAAUAAUAAUAAUAAUAAUAAUAAUAAUAAUAAUAAUAAUAAUAAUAAUAAUAAUAGUAGUAAUAAUAAUAAUUGUAACAAUAAUAAGAGGUAGGCGAUUUAUAAAAGAACACUUCAUAGAAUAAAAAAUAUGAAAAGCCAUAAAAUGAUUUAAUGCUAUAAGAUGAAAGUAAAUAAUUAUAAAAUGAUCAAUUAAAAUAAGUAAAUUCAUAACAAUAAAAACCAUAGAAUAAACAAUAAGAAAAAAAAUUUGAGAAGAAGUAAAAACUCAACUUUGGAAACUAAACUAUAUAAAUUGAGCCGAACUUUAAUUAAUUUGAAAAUAAAGAUAAAAUAAACUAUAAAACCGCAAACAAAGAGAAGAUUGAUUUGAGGAAAAAAAUUGAUCAAACAAAUUUGUAAUCUUAUGAACCAAUGCUCUUAGCGGCAGAAUAAAUUAAUUCAAAGAAAGAGAAAACUAAUACUGAAAAACAAAAUAGUGUAGAUGGUGGAAAAUAACAAUAAAUACCAAAUCCUAUUCCUAUUCCUUAAGUUAAACGGACACUCUAACUAUAAAAUUAAUAUAUAUCUAUGAAAUAUGAAAUAUAGAGACCAUAGACUGUAAAUAAAAGCCCUAUAAAUUAUGAAUAAUAAUAAAGAUUUGUAUAACCACCUUUUCCACUUUAUAGCAUGCAAUAAUAAUAGCAACCAAACUAGAAAAAGUUCGAAUACAUACCUGGUAUGAGACUAACAAAUUAUUAAGUCAAUUAGUUAAGUUAGGAAGAUGUUUAUGAGUAUUUCACUAAUUUAGCAUUAGAGGAAUAGGUUGGAUACUAAAGUAAAAUCUUCUAGUUAGAAAAAAAAAAAGUUUAAAUUAAUGAAGUUGGAAGUUGCCCAAUCUGUAUGGAGGAUAUCUAACCUUCGAAAGAACCAAAUGAUGUGUAAUUGGAUUGUAAACAUUAGUUUCACUUUGAUUGCAUUAAAAGAUGGCUUUAAACUUAGAAAAAUUGCCCGAUCUGCAAGAAUCAUGUUGAUUUAUGCUUCACAUGA